UUCUCCUCCUCACACAGUUGUCUUGAAUAAAGAAAGACACUUUCCUCGUGAGAGAGGGGCACACAAUACAAUAGUGCUCUCUCUCUCUCUCUCUCUCUCUCUCCCCUCAACUGACUCUAGAGAGAGAAAGGUCAGAAGGGUCGGAGGUGGUGCUAGAAUGACCGGCGGUGGGUCAUCGGGGAGGUUACCGACGUGGAAGGAGAGGGAGAACAACAAGAGGAGGGAGCGGAGGAGGAGAGCCAUUGCUGCUAAGAUAUACUCUGGCCUCAGAGCCCAGGGCAGCUACAAGCUUCCCAAGCACUGCGACAACAACGAGGUCUUGAAAGCUCUAUGUGCUGAAGCUGGUUGGGUCGUUGAAGAAGAUGGCACUACUUACCGCAAGGGAUGCAAGCCACCAAUUGAAAUUGCAGGCACUCCCACAAAUAUGAGUGCGUGUUCAUCUAUGCAACCAAGCCCACAAUCCUCAUCUUUCCCAAGUCCUGUGCCGUCCUACCAUGCCAGUCCAUCAUCCUCCUCCUUUCCCAGCCCAACUCGUUUCGAUGGAAACCCCUCCUCUUACCAUCAAAACCCGUCCUCUUACCUUCUUCCAUUCCUGCAUAACUUGGCUUCCAUUCCCACCAAUCUUCCUCCUCUUAGAAUUUCCAACAGUGCUCCUGUCACUCCUCCUCUUUCUUCUCCAACCUCUAGAGGAUCAAAGCGGAAACCUGACUGGGAAUCCCUUACUAAUGGCUGCAUAAACUCCUUGCGCCACCCCCUUUUUGCAGCCUCUGCCCCUUCAAGUCCUACUCGGCGCCACCAUCUUGCACCUGCCACAAUUCCAGAAUGUGACGAGUCUGAUGCUUCCACAGUGGACUCCGGUCGGUGGGUGAGUUUCCAAACAGGGGUACCUUCAGUAGCUCCACCUUCGCCCACAUUUAAUCUUAUGAAACCGGUGGCUGAGCAGAAUGUUCUUCAGCAGACUGUUGUUGGGCAUGGGGGGAUUGGUUGGGGGAACCCUGUGGAGAGGGCACGAGGCUCCGAGUUUGAGUUUGAGAGUGGCAGGCUGAAAGCUUGGGAGGGUGAGAGAAUACAUGAGGUUGGAGUGGAAGAUCUGGAGCUUACACUUGGGAAUGGGAAGAUGCAUAGUUAAGCAUCCUCCACCAGAAGAUUUAGCUUGAGAAUGUGUCUUUAUAAAUGAGAGGGAAGACGUUAUGUGGAUUUCACUGGGCAUUUCGAAUACUUUGGCAGCUGAUUAAGCAUUGCUUGGUGUCUACUUUCACUUCUGUUACAAUUUGGAUCACUUCAAAAUCAUUUUCAGUGCAUCAUGUAUUUCCUUAAUUGUACAGUUUAAUCCCUCCUGGAGCCAUUAUAGGAAUCUAAUCUCAUUGAAUCUCUUGGUUAUAAGAGCGCAAUUCCAGGCACAAUCACAGAAAGCCUGCAUUGCUCAAAUCUUUCAUGUGCUGGAGAAGAACAUAGCAAGUUAAAAUUGAGGAUGUUAUUUUCUGUCUUUAGAAUGGAAGGCCCCUAAUUAAGUCGUCGUCGCCGGUGGGAUAGUGUCACGAGUUUAAACAAAGAAUGCGGUUUCUCUGUGGAGCACAUGAUCCCUUGUAGACUACUAUAUUGGAGAAACACAUGCUCAUAUUUCUUGAAGGUAGCUGUUAUUAUUAGAUCCUUCUUGUCAGAAACAGUCUUAUUCUGUUACGAUUUAGUACUGUAUUAGCAAAAUCCAUGACAUCAAUUGUUUCA